ACAGACUGCAGGGCUGACUGGGGGUAGUUUGGAGGCAGGGAGGAGGAGGCACUGUUAAUGGAUGUGUAAGCUUGCACACGCUUUCAGUGUGGUACUUGGAAGACAGCACAAGGUGGAUCUAUACUCUGAAACGCAGUAAUUUUGAUGUUUGAAUUCACCUUCCUUCCUGCAAGAGGAUUCUAAUAACUUGGUGUCAAAGCCAAGACACAAACUCAACCUCUUCUCUUCCAAAAGCUUCACCUUACAACAUGGAAGCUGUCGCCAAGUUUGAUUUCACUGCCUCAGGGGAGGAUGAACUGAGCUUUCACACUGGAGAUGUUUUGAAGAUCUUAAGUAACCAAGAGGAGUGGUUCAAGGCGGAGCUGGGGAGCCAAGAAGGAUAUGUGCCCAAGAAUUUCAUAGACAUCCAGUUUCCUGAAUGGUUUCAUGAAGGCCUCUCACGACACCAGGCAGAGAACUUACUCAUGGGCAAGGAGGUCGGUUUCUUCAUUAUCCGGGCCAGCCAGAGCUCCCCAGGAGACUUCUCCAUCUCCGUCAGGCACGAGGAUGACGUUCAGCACUUCAAGGUCAUGCGAGACAACAAGGGUAAUUACUUCCUGUGGACUGAGAAAUUUCCAUCCCUGAAUAAGCUGGUAGACUACUACAGGACGACUUCCAUCUCCAAACAGAAGCAGAUCUUCCUGAGAGAUAGUUCUCGAGAAGAUCAGGGUCACCAGGGCAACAGCCUGGACCGCAAGUCCCAGGGAGGCCCACACCUCAGUACUGCUGUGGCAGAAGAACUCCGGCCUUCCAUGAACCGCAAGCUGUCGGACCAGCCAGCACCCGUCCCCUCGCAGUACCAUCAGCACCAGCAGCCACCGCCGCAGUAUCCCCCAGUACAGCAGCCGCCACAGCAGCGGUACCUGCAGCAUCACCAUUUCCACCAGGAACGCCGCGGAGGCAGCCUUGAUAUAAAUGAUGGACACUGUGGCAGGGGCACAGGCAGCGAGAUGAAUGCCACCCUCAUGCAUCGGAGACACACAGACCAAGUGCAGCUCCAAGUGGCAGGGCGAGUGCGGUGGGCCCGGGCGCUGUACGACUUCGAGGCGGUCGAGGAAGAUGAGCUGGGGUUCCGCAGCGGAGAGGUAGUCGAGGUCUUGGACAGCUCCAACCCGUCCUGGUGGACCGGCCGCCUGCACAACAAACUGGGCCUCUUCCCUGCCAACUACGUCGCACCCAUGAUCCGAUGAACCCUUCUUUGGGGACCAACAGCUUUUUGUCUGAAGCUGCCUGCAAGAGAGGAGCAAGGAAAAAAGCUGGGCUGCAUGACUACAUAUACAUGCCUAUGUAUACACACAACAUUUUAUAAUAGUAAUUUAUUGGCAAUUGGGUUGGUUAAUUAGUUGACAUGAAAAGGAACUCAGGUGGUGAAUGAUACUCAGACUCAUUUUUCUACUCUCCUCAGGGGUGUGUGGAAGGCAUUGGGGGUGUUGGAAAGGGGGGCCGGGAAAUGAAACAGAGCUUCUUCCUG